UCGGGGGAGAAGAAGACCCAGAGUCGGCUUCGAAGGAGGGUGGGGAGAGUAACCCCGAUGGAGCGGCCGGGGCGCUGGUGCUCAACCUGGAAACGGUUCCCUCGAGUCAGAAACUGCAAGUGAUUUUUCUAAGCGCUCACCCCCCAAAAAAUUGUCUAAAGGGACACCUAAUGACGGUGAGCAGCGCAGAUGAGCUAAAUCUGAUCACGCAGAUGUUUUUGUACUCUCAAAGUUGGUCCGUGUGCUUUUCUGGCCUCUACCGAAUGUACUUUUAUUGUUCUGCAAUCAACUUUUCGAUAUUCUGGAUUUGAUCUGCUAGGAGCCAGCCUCGCUUCUGCAGAGAUGUUAGCGGAGACAGUGAGUGAAACAAACGGUGGAGAUGCUUUUAAAGAGGGAAUAAAUCACUGCCUUGCCUAAGGACAAUGUGGCUCGGGAUGAGCAGCUGGGGCCUAGGCAGCCAAUCAAAAGGAGGAAAACCCCAGCAGAACUUUCCCGGGUUUGAUUUUGGGUGCUGGUGCCAGAAGAAAAGAAUGAUUGAUGGGAAACAGACACCAGCCUGUAGCCACUCAUCCUUUUGCUUCAGAUACUGAUUUAUCAGUGCGUCUGGGCAUCCCCUGUGAGCUGUGAACACGGAGGAUCACUCAGGGUUAUCGACAGUGUAGCUGAAGACCCGCAACUUCACAAAUUAUCAUCUGCUAUUGGACAUCUUUUACAAGAAGCCCUGACAGAUAAGUUAUAAGACAAAGGACAAGUUCUACGUUUCUGUGAAAGGCUGUCGCUGGGGUCUGUGUGGCUUCUACCAAAGUCUUCAACUUAGUAAAGCAAACACUGUAUCCUAAUGCUUCACGUUUGAGUUGGAACCUAUUUUAUAAAAUACAUACAUGUAUAUGUAUAUAUAUGUAUAAUCUAUAUAGACUGCACGUACGCCAGUACUGAACAUCCUUACAAAGGUGACAUAAAAGGAUUUAGAAAUGUAUUUGUCAAGAUUCCUGUCACUUCAUGCCCUCUGGGUUACCGUAUCUUCCGUGAUGCAGCAUUAUCCUUCCGUGUGGGGACAUUAUGACGUGUGUAAGACUCAGAUUUACACAGAAGAAGGAAAAGUAUGGGAUUACAUGGCCUGCCAGCCAGAAGCCAGAGACAUGAUCAAAUACGUAAGAGUGACUCUGGAUCCCCCAGACAUAACGUGUGGAGAUCCUCCUGAGACUUUCUGUGCAAUGGGGAAUCCCUACAUGUGCAAUAAUGAAUGUGAUGCGAGUACCCAAGAACUGGCUCAUCCUCCAGAACUGAUGUUUGAUCUUGAAGGAAGGCAUCCCUCCACAUUUUGGCAGUCCACAACUUGGAAGGAUUAUCCAAAGCCUCUUCAUGUUAAUAUUACGCUCUCCUGGAACAAAACCAUUGAGCUGACAGAUAACAUAGUUAUCACUUUCGAAUCUGGCCGUCCAGACCAAAUGAUCCUGGAGAAAUCCCUCGACUAUGGACGAACAUGGCAGCCCUACCAAUAUUAUGCCACAGACUGCUUAGAUGCUUUCCACAUGGAUCCAAAAUCAGUGAGGGAUUUAUCACAGCACACAGUCCUAGAAAUCAUUUGCACAGAAGAAUACUCUACUGGGUAUAUGACAAAUAGUAAAAUAAUCCACUUUGAAAUCAAAGAUAGAUUUGCUUUUUUUGCUGGACCUCGGCUUCAUAACAUGGCUUCUCUUUAUGGCCAGCUUGACACAACCAAGAAGUUACGAGAUUUCUUUACCAUCACGGAUCUGAGGAUAAGAUUGCUUAGGCCAGCAACUGGAGAAAUAUACGUAGAUGAGCAACACCUGGCACGCUACUUUUAUGCAAUUUCAGACAUAAGGGUAUAUGGAAGGUGUAAGUGCAACCUUCACGCUACUGGCUGUAAAGAAGAAAACAAAAGACUACUUUGUGAAUGUGAGCAUAACACAACUGGCCCAGACUGUGGAAAAUGCAAGAAGAAUUACCAGGGCCGACCGUGGAGCCCUGGUUCUUAUCUGCCUAUACCUAAGGGCACUGCUAAUAUCUGUAUACCCAGUAUUUCCAGUAUUGGUAACUGUGAAUGCUUCGGGCACUCCAACCGGUGCAGUUACAUCGAGCUGCUCAAUACGGUCAUUUGCGUGAGCUGUAAGCACAACACUAGAGGUCAGCACUGUGAGUUAUGCAGGCUGGGCUACUUCAGAAAUGCUUCUGCAGAGCUGGACGAUGAAAAUGUAUGCAUAGACUGUUAUUGUAACCCUUUUGGUUCAGUCCAUGAUCGCUGUAAUGACAGAGGAUUUUGUGAGUGUAAGGAGGGAACAUCAGGGCCUAAAUGUGAUAAAUGUCUGCCGGGAUAUAUCUGGCACAGCUUGGGCUGUCAACCAAAUGUAUGUGACAAUGAGCUCCUGCAUUGCCAGAAUGGAGGAACAUGCAUCAACAACGUGCGAUGCCAGUGCCCUCCAGCCUACACUGGCAUUUUAUGUGAGAAGCUGAAGUGCGAAAGGGAUCCAGGAGGCUGCAGCCAGAACUCCGGCCAGGGGGCAAUAUCUCACGGUCCCCUAUUACUGCUGACUGCCCUACUAGGAGCAAGCGGGCUUUGCACAUGCUAGGCUCCGUAUGGUUGAUGGCAUCAUAUUCGGACUGCUUCAGAAGAAUGUGCCACAUGAAGACAAAACACAACCCAAGCGUUUGCUACUGAAAUUUUAAAAAGGAGAAAGAAAAAAAAAUACCACAUACCAACUAGGAAGGCCUAACUGAACUAAGCCAUAUUAAUCAGUUACGGACAGUGCUCUGAGUCAAGACUGUUCCCCGCGACCCGAGAUGGGCUGGCAGCGCCCUAUUCUGUCAAAUCAGCGCAAGCUGCCGAGCUCGCACAGGACAAAGGGCUUCGCCAGCCCCAGAAAUGGAAACAGAAUUUAAAAAAUGUUUGCUACUCCUCUCUGGUGCGCUACUGUACCUCCGCCCGGUGUGUGGACCGACCAAAUAAAGGCAUUCUUUGCUGUCAGUGCAUUGUGGGUAUAAGGAAAUCUGUAAAAGCUGCCAUAUUGGCCUGCUUCAGUCCCUGAAUCCUUCCCAACCUGUGCUUUAGUGAACGUUGCUCUGUAACCCUUGUUGGUUGAAAGAUUUCUUUGUCUGAUGUUAGUGAUGCACAUGUGUAACAGCCCCCUCAAUAAAACUCAAGCCAGUCAUAUCCUUGUAUACCUUAGCAGCACGGCAUCGGUGAGAUGCUGUGUUCACCUACUGUACAAGAGUGGCUAUAGGACAAAGUGUAUUUAUCCUUUUGUAUUCAAAUGAAGUUAUUUUUCUUGAAAUAAUGUACAAUGUAGAUUUUUUGUAUUAUUGCCUAUUUGUGUUACCAGACAAUUUGUUAACGUAUUUAAUUCUAAUCAGAUAAGAGAAAAAUAUUACUUUUUAUUUAGUCCUUUUCUUUUACCUUUCAUUUAAUUGUGCAGAGAUUUCUCUGUAUGGGCAACGUGCUGGCAUCAAAGAAUAUCAGUUUACAUAUAUAACAAGUGUAAUAAGAUUCCACCAAAGGACAUUCUAAAUGUUUUCUUGUUGCUUUAACACUGGAAGAUUUCAAAGAAUAAAAAUUCCUGCAUAAACAAUUCCAGGAUUAUGUAUUGCUAUUUCUUAAGACCUUUUA